AUGGCCCUCACCGGCCUUGUCGCUGCCGCUCGGGUCCUUCGUCGGAGCUCUUGGAGUCGCCAUGCGCGUGCACUCUUUGCGCUUCCCCCGGGAGUAGUCCUCCCGAGCAGCAAGGGGCCUCUCGCCGCCACUCGCUGCGAGGGUGCCGAGAGUUGCGCUCAGACCGACGGAUCCGUCGCAUCCCCUUUGCUUCUCCGCGCGCUCCAUUCGCUCGUUGAGUCUACUCAGCCAUCCGCCCCUCAUCCCUCCGGCUCUGCCCCUCAUGUCUCGCGUUCCUUCUCACCUGUCGUGCCGUCGCAGCUCGCCGCGGGGCUGUGCACGAGCGCUGCCAGCAGCGUUCCCCUGCCCGUGCAGCACGGCGCGUCCACGAUGCGCAACGCCGUGAUGCGCGAGGUGGGCGCGCCGCUGCGCGUGGAGCUGCUGCGCAUCCCGCGGCCCCAGGCGGGCGAGGUGCUCAUCAAGACGCGCGCAUGCGGAGUGUGCCACACGGACCUGCAUGUGAUGCGCGGCCACGUGGCGUUCCCCGCGCCGUGUGUGCUGGGCCACGAGGUCAGCGGGGAGGUCGUGGACCACGGCGCCGGCACUGAUGCCGCCACCAUCGCCAGGCUGCCGGUGGGAUCACGAGUGGUGGCGGCGUUCAUCAUGCCGUGCGGCUCCUGCUUCUUCUGCACCCAUGUCAGUCACUCGCCCUCGCCACGCCACGCCACAUCAUUCCAGCUGCAUGCAUAUACACCCCACAUAUGCCACACUCCACCCUGCCCACACGGCCUUCUUUUCCACGCCUCUCAUCCCGAGCGCGCAUGGCAGGGGCAGGAGGACAUAUGCUCCACAUUCUUUGCAUUCAACCGCCUGCACGGCACGCUCUACGACGGCCACACCCGCCUCUUCUCUGCCGACCCCUCCGCGGCCCCCCUGGCGAUGUACAGCAUGGGCGGGCUGGCGGACUACUGUGUGGCGCCCGCCACCGCCGUGGCGCCACUGCCCCCCGCGCUGCCGCUGCCGGAGGCGGCCGUCAUGGGCUGUGCGCUCUUCACCGCCUUCGGAGCGCUGCGCCACGCAGGGGACGUGCGCGCCGGCGAGACCGUGGCGGUGGUGGGGGCGGGCGGCGUGGGCGGCAGCUGUGUGCAGGUGGCGCGCGCCAUGGGGGCGGCGAGCAUCGUAGCGGUGGACGUGGCGGAGGACAAGCUGCAGCGCUGCCGUGCUCUGGGCGCCACCCACACCGUCAACGCUGCCAAGGAGGACGUGGUGGACGCCAUCAGGGCCAUAACGGGCGGCAGGGGGGUGGACGUGGCGGUGGAGGCGUUGGGGCGGGCGGAGACGUUUGGGCAGACGGUGCACGCAGUGAGGGACGGGGGCAGGGCGGUGAUGGUGGGCAUUGCUAAUGCCGGCACCACCGCUGCUGUUGACAUCACCCGACUCAUUCCUGCCUGGGGCCUUCCGACCUGCAUGCUUCCCUCCACCCCCCUCUUCCCCUCCCUGCAGAUCAAGAUCAUAGGGUCGUACGGGGCCAAGGCGCGGUCGGAUUUGCCAGCAGUGGUGGCGCUGGCAGCAGCGGGGAGGGUGGACGUGGUGUCCAGUCUGGAAAAGGGCAAUGUGCUAGGCCGGGCUAUUGUAGACAUGACUCUCUGA